AUGAAUUCACCGUCUUUUAUCCUUGAUCGUAUUCGUUUUUCCAUCGGCCUUCUUCUUUUAACAAGUUUACUUUUCUGUCAAUUUCCUCAACCUGUUCAAUCCAUAUCUCUUAGCAAUCUAUGUGGCCGAUUCGGGCAUUCAUGUUUUGGCGCUAAUUGGGGUAAACGAACUUUGCCGAACGAAUUACCGCAAGAAUAUUUAUUAUGGAAUUCAAAUUCAAAUGAUGGUGAAGCAACUGAAUCUGCUAUAAUGGACCGUGAUCCGACGAACGACUAUAUUUUAGAACAAAUUCGAUUGGCAAAUGAAGAAUUAUUUCGACAUCGAUUACGACAAUUAUUACGCCUUGAAUAA